CUGUAUUUGUAUGAGUAUCACGGACACACAGACGAGUGUUACGGUUAAUGACAGUUUCCCCCCCCCAAAAAAAAGAAGGACCUCCCUAUGUGACCAGCUGCCGGCUGACAGCUGCGUCAAGACAACCAUGUGCCGUAGGAAAAAGAAGAACAAACGUGAGUGCGUGGACACAGCGGCUCGAUGGCGCGAAGGACAACAUACAGGGAAACAACGAGUGCGAGGAAACGAUCACGAAAAGAUAGUGGAGUGCGAUGUGUGUAUGCACGCCGGUUCCUUGCUGUACACGAGUGCUCAUCCAUCUUGUCGGUUGAUGGUGCGACGGAUGAUGCCCCCAAAGACGGCCUCUCGGGCCGCGUCUAUGAGUGCCGCCUCCAGCCGCACCUCAUCAGACCCAUCGCUGUCUUGGGGCGGCUCCACCAGCAGCGACAUGCUCAUGCCUGAUAUGCCAUACUGCACACACACAGCACAGCACAGGACAGACAGCGAUGGUUGGAUGUGCAACUCAUGUGCUGUGUGUGUUGUGUGUGGACUCACCUCUUUGACUUUGUCGAUGACGUGUUGUAGUUUGCCGCCGUGCCGCUCUCUCUUGUCGGCGGCCAUGACGCCCAUCUCAUGCUCGAUGGCCGACACCAGACGAGCUGAGUCCCACGACUGACUUGGGGCCAAGCAUCCCUCACCCCUGACACCAUCGCCAGGUGGCCACAGCUGAACCUUCGUCAACUCAUCGAUGGAAUCACCCCUUCCUCCCUCCCUCCAUUGCCAUCGCCGUUGCCAUGCCCACCAUGCCGCCCCCCACCCACUUCCCCAUCCACCAUGCGAUCGGCCUCAUUCGGAUCUCCUGCCUGCGGCACAUUGGGUGCGUGUGGGCCCUUGACCGGCUGAUGGGGUGGCGGCCGCAUUGUCAUGUCGAUGUCGGCCAGCUCGUCACCACCCGGCAGCUGCUCGUCAUCUGCCGCCUUGAGCGGCUUGGGCAGGGCUGGUGUGGUGUGCUGCUGAUUGGUCUUCUGAAGCUGUUUGAUGAAUCGACUGGCGGCCUCCUUGAUGUCCUCGCCGUCACGCUGCCCAACCAUGGCCGGCAGCUCACGGCGCACAAACGAGUCGAUGGAGGCAAAACUCAGAGAGGGGACGGCCGCCAACAUCGCCCCAAUGUUGUGACCCACUUGACCAUACAGGCGACAGAGGACCAUCCGCUGGGCGUGUGUCAUGGGCUGCUGGUCCUCAGUGCCGUCAAUGUCCAUCUCCUGCUGGCGGCAUGCCCAUGCGGCAUCGAUGGCCGCCCCCAUGACCUCCCUGGUGGCCGCUGAGAGGGGCACCGACUGCACUGGGGUGCCGGGCAGGACCACCUCGACGGCCAGCUGGGUCAGGGCAGACCCACUCCUGAACCGCAGGCACAGAGGCGUGUCGGGAUGGGCUCGCCCGAGUGCCUCCAGCUGCUGGUAGAAGUGGCGAAUGAGGUCUCCCUGCUCGACCGGGGGCACACGAGGGCCGCGACUGGCCGUGUGACGCGUCGGCGGCGUAGCCGGUGGGCCCUCCCGCAGCCAACUGGGGGCCUCGAUGUCCGGCGAGGGAUUGCGGUUGGGUCGGCCGUCUCUGCGGGGCCUCGGUCGCUUGGUGUCAGGGCGAGCAAUGGGACGUAAGGGCACACCGCUCCUCAGACCACUUUGACGCAGCUGAGGGGCCUGUCGGUGUCUGACGGGCCGAGGAUCGUCGCCAUCGUCGGCCCUUGUCGAGUCAGCCGGGUCGCCAUGCCUCUUGGCCCCUGCCUCUGACGUGUGCAAUCGCUCCAUCUUCCGUCGUCUGUGGGCAAUGGCGGCCUCCUUGGCACCCUCGAAGCCAAGACUUUCGACCAUGAAGUGCUUGCUCUUCCUGCUGCCCCCCUCCUGCCAGAAGGCAAGCCAUGAGUUGACUUUCUUGUUGUAGGUGACGCCCCGCACGCCGCUCUGGUGCUCCGAUCGAUGCUUGAUCGCCGCCUGGCCGGUGCGCUCCAUCUUGAGACGAUGCUGCUCGGCCAGCGCCUGAUCCAUACGUUUGGGGAAAUAGAGAGUGAGAUGGAGGUGGGGUGCUACGUUGCGAUUCGGUACCUUUGCUUUGUGGAAGCCAUGGUCUCUGACGUAGAAACACUUGCGCUCCUGCUUGCCGUCCCUCGUGCUGCGCCAGUGUGCCGCCCACGCCUGACCCGGCUCAUACCAGUAGACACCCGACACGUCUGAUCGGUGCUCGGCAGCCCUUCGUAUGCCCUCGGGGCCGUCGGCUGUCUUGCCACUUUUGGAGCUCGGCCGCUUGUCCGCUACGGAUGGGCUGCUUCUGGCGAGAGCCGCCUCUCGGCGGCAAUGCUUCCGGGGGGGGCUGCGGUCGGAUGACUGAUCACGAAUCGAACCCUCUGGCACCGACGCACCAGCCCCUUGCUGCUGUCGGUCAGCAGCAUCAGAGUCCGCGAAUUUUGCCUGCGCCACCAGGCUGGUCGCCAGAAAAUGGCCGCCCGCCUCGCUGAGCUUCGCCGACACAUGGCGAUCCCUUCCGCCGCCCGAGUCCUCACGAUGGCGCUUAGCUGCUGGCCGGUCGAUGAGCAGCUCGUUCUCGGAGCUGGACCUGCGCGAAAGAGCCAGCCCCACACACAUGCACACACGCGACAAGUGUGGCCCUUUCCCUGUCUGUCUUACUCGUCGCUGUUGCUGCUGAGGACCUCGACGAGGGCAGCAGCCAGGUCGCCGCCCUCCAUCCCACCCACACCUGGCCUGCUGCUGGGGGGCCGUGGCGGCGCGCCGAGUGAAUCGCACCAUCACCAUUGGGGGUACUGCGGCCCUCAUCUCUCGUCGCCUCGGCCUUUGACGUAUUCUGCCGCUGCCGCUGGAGUGGCGUCAUACGACUGGGGCCCUCCCGCAGAUGUGAGGGAUUGCGGUUGGGUCGGCCUUCUCUCCGGUCCUGGCGCUUGGUGUCAGGGCGAGCAAUGGGACGUAAGGGCACACCGCUCCUCAGACCACUUUGACGCAGCUGAGGGGCCUGUCGCUGUCUGCCGGGCAGAGGAUCGUCGCCGUCGUCGGCACUUCUUGAGUCAGCCUGGUCGCCAUGGCUCUCCGCCCCUCCCUCUGACGUGUGCAAUCGCUCCAUCUUCCGUCUGUGCGCAAUGGCCGCCUCUUUGGCCUCCUCGUAGCCCAGCUGCUUGACGGAGAAGGCCUUGCGCUUCUGCUUGCCGGCCUCCUGCCAGCUGGCCACCCAGCUCUUGCAUCUCUCGUUGUAGUAGACGCCCCGCACGCCGCUCUGAUGCUCCGAUCUCUUCUUGUGGAACGUCUUCCGUAUGUGCGCGAUGGCGGCCUUUUUGGCCUCCUCGUAGCCAAGCUGGUCAACGGAGAAGGACUUGUACCUCCUGCUGUCGUCCACCUGCCAGUCAGCUUUCCAUGCGUUGAAUGUCUUGUUGUAGUUGACGCCCCGCACGCCGCUCUGGUGCUCCGAUCGCCCCCUGACCGCCGCCUGGCCGGUGCGCUCCAUCUUGCGACGAUGCCGCUCGGCCAACGCCUGGCGCACACAUGACACACAUGAAAGGAUGAUAGGUGCCAGGAACAAAUGCUUCUAUGCUUUCUUUUGCUGCACCUUCGCUUUGUCGAAUCCGUGAUGUUUCAUGUAGAAGCACUUGAUCUUUGACUUGCCGUCGCCCGUGUCGUACCAAGUCGCCGCCCAGGCCUGGCACUUCUCAGACCAGGAUACCCCACUCACGUCUGACUGAUACCUGCCCUCCCUGGCGUUGGACUUCUCAUCCACUGUUGAAGUCGGUGCUCUCUCGUGGGCUGGGGGCCUGCUGCCGAGUGGGUGUGUGUGGCGAUCCUCCAGUGACCGGCUGCGAUCGACCGACUUGUCAUGGGCGGGGCCUCCCUGCUGCGCUUCCUUACCGGCCCUCGCAGAGGAGCGGAGCCUGUGACUGUGACUGUGACGAUGCUUGGCGUGCUUCCUGGCUGGCACGAGACCUGAGAGGGCAACGCAGGCCGGAUACGAUGAAUGUGUGUCGGUCGAUGAUUCGGCUGAUAUGGUUGUCACAUGCAGGUACGUACCUUUGUCGUGGGGUGACUCAUCGUGAGGUGGCUCAGCCGCCCCACCGACAGCAGCAGCAGGAGAUGUUGUCGAGGGACCGGGUGCACUGUCGGAGGCGGAGUAAGGCACACUACUCAAUCCUGCACAUAUGGGAAAACAACACACGAUGUGCUUCGAAGUCCCCCAGCCUUCUUUGCUCCCUCUUUCCUGUCUCACUUGCAGGUCUCCACUGUGUGACGGUCCGCUCGAGGCCAUCGAUGACAUCAGACACACUCUCGAAGCGAUCGUCACUGUCUGCCGUGCCGUUGCGGACAGCCACCAAGAGGUCGCUCAGCAUGCUCACGUCCCACCCCCUCCCGCCGUGAUCACGGCUGACAACCCCCCGCACCCACACCGGAGGCCGAUUGUCCCCAUAGCCCCGCCAUGCCGUCACCUUAAACGUCACCAUAAACCGCUGACCGUUGCCCUCGUCGGCCACGCUGAAGUCUGGCAGGUGUUUGUUGAGGUAAUCGGGAAUGACUUUGUUGCGCAGCACGUCCCGUAAGAGCUCCGGUUGACCGCUUGACGUCCGCUGCCUGUUGCCGGCAGGUGCGGGAGACCCCUCGCGUGACACAUGCUUCCUCUCCCGAUCGGCGCCUGCUUGGUCGGUGCUGUCGCGGGGUGGUCCUGGUCCUGGUCCUGGUGCUGGUGGGCCUGGGGGUGCGUAUGAGUGGGCGCCUGUCUCGUGCUGGUCGUCGGGGGCCAUUGGCUGAUCCUCUUGCUGCUGCUCGUCAUUCUGGUGCUGCGGGCUCACUCCACCUGCAUCGACCGCGCCGGCUACGUCUGCUUCUGCCUGCUCCUCCUCCAUCGGGUGGUCCACUUGCUGCUCUAUCAGCUGGGCCUGUUGCUGUGCUGUCUGGUCCACUGCCGGUGGCUGGGGCGAUGAGGGUAUGAGUGGCGGAGGGCGGGGAUGCAGAGGUGGAACGGGUGCUGGUGGGGGAUGCGGCGCAGCCAUUGUGUGACGGAUGUGACGGUCUGAGAGGCAGCAGCACAUCAACACAGAGAGUGCCCUCAGUCAGAUGCACACACCCCCACACCCCCACUGCUGCAGUCCGCUCACCUGCCAAUAGGUUGGCGAGGCGUCCCGGCAGUGGGGGGCGAGCACCAGAGGCGUUGAGGGCGAACGGUGCCGCGUUUCUACCAGGCUAAACGAGAACUGCAGCUGCAGCAGUGUGACCUGCCGCAGUGGAUGGCCGAGCCCUGUUGGUCACGGGCAGACCUGUCCACGAAACGUACGGUGAGGUGGUGGGAUGGGAUGGGAUGGUCGUUGGUGUUUGUGCGUCGAGGUAGUAUGUACAGUACCGCAGAAUGGUGGUCGGAAUGGCGGGCGGGGACCGCGCAGUGGCGCCAUCGGACGAGGGAACGGAUGCAGACCACCGCCGCCACGCACACCAGCAGGCUUGAUGUCGUCACCACCCAUCUGCUGUCUUUCCACUGGCUCUCCCUCCCCGCCUCCUGCACAACCAACAGAUACGAUGCCACCCGGCCCUUCAU